GAGCUCUGGGAGAAGAUGGCGGCGGCCGCUGGCUGGGCCCUGCUGGGCUUGGCGCUGUGGUUGUGCGCGGCAGCCGGGGCCGGGGACCCGGAGGGGAAGCGGCGAGCCGGGCCGGCCAAGAAGAAGGACAUUCGGGACUACAACGACGCGGACAUGGCUCGGCUGCUGGAGCAGUGGGAGAAGGAUGAUGACAUUGAAGAGGGGGAUCUUCCCGAACACAAGAGGCCUCCAGCACCAAUAGAUUUCUCAAAAAUUGAUCCAGGCAAGCCUGAAAGUAUUCUGAAGCUGACAAAAAAGGGGAAGACUUUGAUGAUGUUUGUCACAGUGUCGGGAAAUCCCACAGAAAAGGAGACAGAAGAAAUUACUAGCUUGUGGCAGGGCAGUCUCUUCAAUGCAAACUAUGAUGUGCAAAGGUUUAUUGUUGGCUCAAAUCGUGCCAUCUUUAUGCUGCGUGAUGGCGGUUACGCCUGGGAGAUCAAAGACUUUCUGAUAAAUCAAGAAAGGUGUGCGGAUGUUACUCUGGAAGGUCAGGUUUAUCCUGGCAAAGGAGCAGAAGAAAGUGAGAAAGUGAAAAACAAAACAAAACCUGAAAAAGCAAAGAAGAAAAAAGAUGCGGACAAGAAAUCUAAUAGCAUCAAAGAGGACAACCGAGCAACCAAACAGAGAGAGGAUCUAUGACGGACGCGUUAACCAGACUGAAUGCUGCUCUGCUGUUCCUUGAAGGGAAACUAAUUUUCCAUACAAUUCCUGGCUUUACUGGGGGGGAAGGAAGGAAGGAAGCAGAGAUUACUGAGAUUAAAAGACUUCUAUGUUGAAAUA